AUGGCAAUUAAGAAGGUGCCGAGACUCCCUCACCGCAGAGGCUCCCAAUCCUCCGAAGAUGACUUCUUCGAUAUCCCUGACGAACCAUGCCUGGCAAUCGCCAAACGGCAACUUAGACGCAUUCGGACAUGGGUGGUUUUCGCCUUCCUCGUCCUUUUUAUUUUAUGGCUCCGACGGGAGCGUCCCCCGCCUCCGGCCCUGCCUCACAUAAAUUACGAUUUGGUGGACUGGUCCCGUUAUGCCUACAGCCAGUAUGCGACCUCUAGCGCCUAUCUGUGCAACGCCCUCAUGGUAUUCGAAGCCUUGCAACGGCUAGGAAGUCGGGCACAACGGGUAUUAUUCUUCCCUGAAGAUUGGGAUGUCAGUGUCGAAAGCGAGCGUGAUAGGGAUAGCCAGUUGUUGGCGAUGGCAAGAGAUAAAUACAAUGUGAUGCUGAUCCCCAUCAGCUUGGAGACUAUCAAACCGGGGGCAGGAUCUGGAGAAUCAUGGGAUAAAAGUAUCUCUAAAUUGCUUGCCUUCGGCGAGAGCGAGUACGAUCGGAUAAUCCACCUCGACUCCGAUGCCAACGUUCUGCAGAACAUGGAUGAGCUAUUUUUCCUUCCUCCGACCAAGGUUGCGAUGCCACGGGCGUACUGGGAGCUUCCGGAUACCAAACAACUGUCGUCUCUGCUGAUUGUAAUCGAACCGUCCUACAAUGAAUAUAAUGCUCUGAUGGAGGCGGCGCUUCCGGCUAUAUACGGACAGAAAACGUUCAAUGCAUCAUCGACACAUCGAUACGAUAUGGAGUUAUUGAACGAACGUUAUGCCGAUUCCGCCACCGUGCUUCCACAUCGCCAGUAUGGCUUAGUGAGUGGCGAAUUCCGCACUGAGGAUCACAGAAAUUUCCUGGGAAAUGACUAUGAGGUCUGGGAUCCGGAUAAAGCGCUAGCAGAAGCCAAGCUUGUGCAUUUUUCAGAUUGGCCUUUGCCUAAACCGUGGGUACUGUGGCCGCAGAAGUUGCUGGCUGAAAUGUUGCCCAAGUGUAAACACAAUCCUGGCACACCCCAAGAAAGUGGGUGCCGUGAUCGAGAGGUGUGGAAGAGUAUCUAUCAUGACUUCCGACGGCGGCGAAAGGACGUCUGCAAGCUUCUGAGUUAUCCGGCCCCUGAUUGGCCUCCAAGAGAGCAUUCUGAGCCUUCCAGCUCAAAUGAACCUGGGACACGUGCAUUCUCAACUGACCUCACCUCAUUCUUGUUAAACUGGGUGGGUAUCAAGGUUUCAACUGGCAUGAGAGCAUAUUUGGGCUUCGGUAUCCAACAAACAUGCCUGAAGAUGACACAUAAGGGAAAGGAGGGGCAACUGCUUCAGUUUGAGAAACAACAAACAAACUCUUGCCAUCCUCGCCAUAUCUUCACCUAUACCAUGAUGGCAUUAACGGGCUGCAAAAGAUGUGGCAUCGCAGCGAUCUUGUCGCUCGCAUUAUGCCAGUCAGCUGCGAGUACUUCUGGUCCGACAGACAGCCUAUUCACUUUCAGCUGUUUACCAUUGACAACACAACGGUCUGAUCCGAUUAUAUCUCCGGGAAAGCCUUCCUCACACACGCACGUCGUUGUAGGGGGCACAGCUUUUCAGAGGCUGAUGACAACCGAGACUGCUAAAAAUGCCAACGACACAACCUGUGAGGUUGCGAUAGACCGGAGCAAUUACUGGAUUCCACAAUUAUAUCAUCAGACGCGAGAUGGGUUUGAAACAAUCGAAUUUGAGAACAGCGCAAUAUAUUAUUUCAACAGAGCAUGCGAUUAUUCCCCCAACGCAACAUCUUGCGAUGGUACAGAAUACCCGCUGGCGCCACCCCCCGGCCUGCGCAUCGUUGCUGGAGAUUUAUUUCUCCGAACGUAUAACGAGACGAACUUCGCACAGCGGGCCAUCUCCCAUAUGUGUAUGAAGGAUGAUGGGACUUCAAGCGAAACAAAACAUCUUCCCCAGCAACCAUGUCUGAAAUUGAGAUCGCAAGUGUUUUUCCCCUCAUGCUGGGAUGGAAAAGCUCUCGAUAGUCCAGACCAUCAGAGCCACAUGGCCUAUCCCGCGGUUGGGGAUUAUAAUCAGGGUGUUUGCCCGGAGACCCAUCCGGUGGCUGUGUAUUCGAUAUUUAUGGAAUUCUUCUUUAACACGAAACCCUUUCCUGACCAUGAGAAUUGGGUGUACGCUAUGGGCGACCCAACAGGAUAUGGUCUGCAUGGAGACUUUCUCAACGGCUGGACAGACCAGAACGCACUGCAGAACGCUAUGGCGACAUGUACGGGCCUGGAGGGGCUGAACGAUCCGGAAUGUUCGAUCACAAACAACCAAACAAGGGCACUGACUCCAAUCACACAUUCUUUGGAUGCACCUUCACCGUUGGAGCAAUUGGGUCAGCAUGGGCCACUUGCCAAAUUACCAGGGAAUAAUCCGAUAACAGGAUCACACGGGCUGUAG